AUGGCGUCGCAUGGUCAGUGUCCCCAUCCAUAUGUUAAUGAACGUUGUAUGAUGAUAAUGAUGAUGAUGAUGAGGAUGAUCUCGUCACUCUAUACACCAUGUAGCCAGGAUAUCAAUAGCCUCGCUAACAGUAGCCUCGCUAACAGUAGCCUCGAUAACAGUAGCCUCGAUAACAGUAGCCUCGAUAACAGUAGCCUCGCUAACAGUAGCCUCAAUAACAGUAGCCUCGAUAACAGUAGCCUCGAUAACAGUAGUCAUUACAAAAGUAGCCUCGAUAACAGUAGCCUCGAUAACAGUAGCCUCGAUAACAGUAGCCUCGCUAACAGUAGCCUCGAUAACAGUAGCCUCGAUAACAGUAGCCUCGCUAACAGUAGCCUCGAUAACAGUAGCCUCGAUAACAGUAGCCUCGAUAACAGUAGUCACGAUAACAGUAGUCAGGACAACAGUAGCCACGAUAACAGUAGUCACGAUAACAGUAGUCACGAUAACAGUAGUCAGGACAACAGUAGUCACGAUAACAGUAGUCAAGACAACAGUAGCCACGAUUACAGUAGCCUCGAUAACAGUAGUCAGGAAAACAGUAGCCACGUUUACAGUAGCCUUGAAAACAGUAGUCACGAUAACAGUAGUCACGACAACAGUAGUCACGAUAACAGUAGUCAGGACAACAGUAGUUACGAUUACAGUAGCCUCGAUACCAGUAGUCACGAUAACAGUAGUCAGGAUAACAGUAGCCACGAUAACAGUAGUCACGAUAACAGUAGUCAGGACAACAGUAGCCACGAUUACAGUAGCCUCGAUAACAGUAGUCACGAUAACAGUAGUCAGGACAACAGUAGCCACGAUAACAGUAGUCACGACAACAGUAGUCACGACAACAGUAGUCACGAUAACAGUAGUCAGGACAACAGUAGCCACGAUAACAGUAGUCACGAAAACAGUAGUCAGGACAACAGUAGCCACGACAACAGUAGUCAGGACAACAGUAGCCACGACAACAGUAGUCACGAUAACAGUAGCCACGACAACAGUAGUCACGACAACAGUAGUCACUAUAACAGUUGUCAGGACAACAGUAGCCACGAUAACAGUAGUCACGAUAACAGUAGUCAGGAUAACAGUAGCCACGAUAACAGUAGUCACGAUAACAGUAGUCACGACAACAGUAGUUACGACAACAGUAGUCACGACAACAGUAGCCACGAUAACAGUAGCCACGAUAACAGAUGUCACGACAACAUUAGCCACGAUAACAGUAGCCACGAAAACAGCAGCCACGAUAACAGUAGUCACGACAACAGUAGCCACGAUAACGGUAGUCACGAUAACAGUAGUCACGAUAACAGUAGUCACGAUAACAAUAGUCACGAUAACAGUAGCCACGACAACAGUAGCCACGAUAACAGUAGUCACGACAACAGUAGUCACGAUAACAGUAGUCACGAUAACAGUAGUAACGAUAACAGUAGUCACGAUAACAAUAGCCACGAUAACAGUAGCCACGAUAACAGUAGUCACGAUAACCGUAGUCACGACAACAGUAGCCACGAUAACAGUAGCCACGAUAACUGUAGUCACGACAACGGUAGCCUCGAUAACAGUAGUCACGAUAACAGUAGUCACGACAACAGUAGAAGCCUCGCUAACAGAAGCCUCGCUAACAGUAGCCUCGCUAACAGUAGUCUCGCUUACAGUAGCCUCGCUAACAAUUGCCUCACCAACAGUAGCCUCGCUAACAGUAACCUCGAUAACAGUAGCCUCGCUAUAAGUAGCCUCGCAAACAGAAGCCUCGCUAACAGAAGCCUCGCUAACAGUAGCCUCGCUAACAGUAGCCUCGCUAACAAUAGCCUCGCUAACAGAAGCCUCGAUAACAGUAGCCUAGGUAACAGAAGCCUCGAUAACAGAAGCCUCGCUAACAGUAGCCUCGCUACCAGUAGCCUCGCUACCAGUAGCCUCGCUACCAGUAGCCUCGCUACCAGUAGCCUCGCUACCAGUAGCCUCGCUACCACUAGCCUCGCUACCAGUAGCCUCGCUAACAGCAGCCACGAUAACAGAAGCCUCGCUAACAGUAGCAUCGAUAACAGAAGCCUCGCCAACAGAAGCCUCGAUAACAGAAGCCUCGAUAACAGUAGCCUCGCUAACAGCAGCCUCGAUAACAGUGGGCUCGCCAACAGUAGCCUCGAUAACAGAAGCCUCGCUAACAGUAGCCUCGCUAACAGAAGCCUCGCUAACAAUAGCCUCGCUAACAGAAGCCUCGAUAACAGUAGCCUAGGUAACAGAAGCCUCGAUAACAGAAGCCUCGCUAACAGUAGCCUCGCUACCAGUAGCCUCGCUACCAGUAGCCUCGCUACCAGUAGCCUCGCUACCAGUAGCCUCGCUACCAGUAGCCUCGCUACCACUAGCCUCGCUACCAGUAGCCUCGCUAACAGCAGCCACGAUAACAGAAGCCUCGCUAACAGUAGCAUCGAUAACAGAAGCCUCGCCAACAGAAGCCUCGAUAACAGAAGCCUCGAUAACAGUAGCCUCGCUAACAGCAGCCUCGAUAACAGUGGGCUCGCCAACAGUAGCCUCGAUAACAGAAGCCUCGCUAACAGUAGCCUCGCUAACAGAAGCCUCGCUAACAGUUACCUCGCUAACAGAAGCCUUGCAACCAGUAGCCUCGCUAACAGUAACAUCGCUAACCUCGCUAAUAGUAGCCUCGAUAACAGAAGCCUCGCUAACAGAAGCCUUGCUAACAGUAGCCUCGCUAGCAAUUGUCAGGACAACAGUAGCCAUGACAACAGUAGAUACGAUAACAGUAGUCAGGACAACAGUAGCUACGAUAACAGUAGCCACGAUUACAGUAGUCACGACAACAGUAGCCACGACAACAGUAGUCACGACAACAGUAACCACGAUAACAGUAGCUAUGACAACAGUAGCCACGAAAAGAGUAGUCGCGAUAACAGUAGUCACGACAACAGUAGCCACGAUAACAGUAGCCAAGACAACAGUAGCUACGAUAAUAGUAGCCGAGAUAACAGUAGUCACGACAACGGUAGCCACUAUAACAGCAGCCGCGAUAACAGUAGUCACGACAACAGUAGCCACGAUAACAAUAGCCACGACAACAGUAGUCACGACAACAGUAGCCACGAGAACAGUAGCCACUAUAAAAGUAAUCACGACACCAGUAGCAACGAUAGCAGGAGCCGCGAUAACAGUAGUCACGAAAACAGAAGCCACGAUAACAGUAGCCACGAUAACAGUAGUCAGGACAACAGUAGCCACGAUAACAGUAUCCGCGAUAACAGUAGUCACGGCAACAGUAGCGGCAAUAACAGUAGCAACGACAACAGUAGUCACGACAACAGUAGCCACGACAACAGCAGUCACGACAACAGUAGCCUCGAUAACAGAAGUCAUAAUAACAGUAGCCACGACAACAGCAGCCACGAUAACAGUAGUCACGAUAACAGUAGUCACGAUAACAGUAGUCAAGACAACAGUAGCCACGAUAACAGUAGUCACGAUAACAGUAGUCACGACAACAGCAGCCACGAUAACAAUAGUCACGAUAACAGUAUUCACGAUAACAAUAGCCACGAUAACAGUAGCCACGAUAACUGUUGUCACGACAACAGUAGCCUCGCUAACA